AAUUACACCACAAGGCCAGCCAGCCAGCCAGGAGCACCCACGUGGCCGGCGCUCUGGCAGCAAGCCCGGCUAUCAUUCAUGCCAAUGUCAACUUCAAUAUGUUAUGCAGAACAAAGAAAAGUUGCAUCGUGCCAUCCCUCCCUUUUGUACAGUUCCAAAGGAUCAAAGUCCAGACUACAUAAAGAAUCACAGAAACCCAUCCCCCAUGCCCGCUAGUUCGAUAAUGUCUACGUUGAUUAUAAUGCAUAUCACUGCAGAAACUGGGACACCCACAAUCAAGGUGACAGAAAAUAUCAUGGAUUCUCUAGUUGGGGUUUUCGUCAUCACCCCAACAGCGCUUGGAGCACCUGCUUCGUCUGAUUGUCCGACCUAUGCCCGCUGCAAUUUCAGGCUGAAUUUAGGGCAAAGGUUUAUCCUGAGAGUGCUCAGAGGAGCUUGCAGGUGCAAUGCGGACGUUUCUUCGAAUUUGAUACUCUUCGCUCUUCGGCUUACGACGUUCGGUUUCGCGCAUGUUUAAUCGCACUCCAUAGCGUGACAGAUGCUGUUGUGAUCUUCAGGAUAGGCAUGUAAGAAACAGCUUGCAUAAGCUACGCGCCCUCGUGAGU